AUGCCUUGGGUGUGGGCAGAAGGUCUUCAACUUUUCACUCCAACAUCGAUGGACUUCGAACAUGUUGGCAUACCCAGUUCCGCCCUAUGGGGCACAGACCUCUGUUCUCCGUUCUCUGGGGACAAUGGUUUCCGUUUUGGGGAAGCUGAGCACCCGGGCCCUAUGGACUUGGACUUUGAGGCCUCAGCCAGUCCCAGCCACUCUUUGGAUUUUCAGCACCUGCGGGUUGGUUGCUCAAAUCCCUGUGGACUUAGAGGGAAAGAACUUUCGGCACUCUCAUUGGGACCUGGCAUUUGGACUUUCUCCGAAACCCAUUUGACAGCGGUGACUCAGCGCUCUACAGCAUCGACUCUGGCAGCCUAUGGCACCCAACAGAAUCGCUCCAUCCGUUCCCUUUUUGGAGCCCCUGUCUCCUACAGGCACAACUCAGAUACGGCAGGGACUUGGUCAGGCGUGGGCAUCAUCGCAGACUUCCCAUCUCAGGAACUUGCCAUCCCUUGGACUCUUGGUGAACGAGAUGCAGGCCGUGUCAUGGUUUCACGACAUUUUGUUGGCCCCACAGACUUUACCAUUGCCUCAGUGCAUGGCUUCCCAGCCGGACCGACCUGGCCCAAGCACCGGGAGCUCACUGACAAGAUGCUCACCACCAUCACUCAACAGGUGGUCAUCGGUGCUACCGGUUGCCGUAUCAUCCAGGGGGACUUCAACAAUCCCUCUGGUUUGGAUGCCUUUCACAUAUGGCGCCAUUAUGGCUGGGUUGAAGUUCAGAUGAUGGCUCAAUCGCAAUGGGGACAUACGCCAACUCCUACCUGCAAACAGGCUACUAUGGUGGAUUUGAUGUGGCUUUCUCCAGAGGCAGCAAAUCUAUGCACCCAAGUUGGCACCAUGUCCAUCUUUGCGGAUCAUUUGACUGUCUUCGCUGACUUUCAAUUGCCUUCGGCAACAAUGUCCAUUUCGCGAUGGCCACUACCAUCGCCCAUAGAAUGGGAUCAGAUCAAUCUGACUUCCUGGCAUGAUGCUAUAAUGCAACACCCUGGCCCUACUUAUGAUCAUCAAUCUCCUGAUGACUUUCUGGCCAAUUGGGCUGCGCAUUGGGAACAACAACUACAUGGGCAUGUCCAAAACCAACCAGAUGGCCAACUCCCUCCACGUUGUCAAGGACGAGCCAAACAUACUCGACCUACCCGAUCUUUGUUGGCUGCCACUGUUCCCAAGCCUUCUCGGCCAGGAGAAGUUGCAUUGAAAUCAGAUUUGGUCUCCAUGGCGGUGCACAAGUGGUUCCGGCAGCUGCGCCGACUCCAAAGCUACAAACAUGCCGCAUUGGCUAACAAAGACACGGUUGAUGCGGAGGUGUAUCGCCUACAAUUGUGGCAUUCCAUCAAACGCGCCAAGGGCUUCAACCAUUCUUUCCCUGCGUGGUGGCUUCAACGACGGCACAAAUCGCCAGCAGCUCCCAUGACGCUGCCGAUGGCUCCUCCGUCAGCUGACUUGGCCCUCAUCAUCUUCCAGGACUUCAAGCUCAAUUUCGAGCGUUUCGAACUUUGGCACCUGCGACAGAAAGGCAAGUUGCUGCAGGCCAAGCAUGACCGUACCUGUCAUGCGCUCUUUCAUGAACUUCGAGACCCUGGCCGGGGGCAAUUGGACUUUCUCUGGGACACCAUCACUUUUGCUGUCCUGGACUUUGACCAGCAGACCAACCAGAUCCAUUUAGACGGCAACAUCCCAGAUGCUGCGAAUCGUCUAUGGUAUCACAAUGGGCAGCAACUCAACCCCAUUGCGGCCAACGAUGACCUGUUGCACUUGCCAGCUUUGCCGGCGAACUUGGAGGUGGGAGAUGAGAUCAAGAUGACCAUUUCCUUUACAUCACUGGAGGCCAUUCAUGAGGCCAUGCUCAACCUCUGGCGGCCACGAUGGCAGAAAACUUCCAACAUAGGUUCUGCUGAUUGGACUCGGAUCCUGAACUUUGUGCAGGCGUAUAUGCCCAGUUUGCCUUUUCCUUCAGCGACCAUGGAUGUUUCCACUUGGCAGCAUACGCUGACAAAGUUUCCCAAGCGGGCAGCAAGAGGAGUUGAUGGAAUCUCAGUGGCAGAUCUGAAGCAUCUUCCAGCCCUGACCACUCAGCUGAAGAGAAGCAAGGCACCACAGGCCUCCAAAAUACAAGUCCUGCCUUUGUCUUUUUGGGCCUCUGCUUUGCAUGGAGCGGCCAACACCCUGAUUGCGGAAGGGCAUCUUCAUGACUUGCGCCAAUCUGCCAAUCGUGCCCUGCACCUGAAUCAGGCUGGCACCAAUGCUUUGUUGAGGUUUUCUUUGCAGACUACCAUGUUGGCGGACCCUGGCUUUUUCUAUGUGACUUUGGUGGUGAAUACUUUUCGUCGCCUUUGCCUUCGCUCUACGUCAUUGUUUGCAUGUUGGCGUUGGUGGUUUGAUGCCUUUCAAGGGGAUCUACAACCUGGACCAUUUAGUACUCUGCUUCAAACUUUGAAUAGCAUUGGCUGGUUCAUUGUGACUCCGCCGCAUGUUUGCGACCACAAUGGAGAUCAACACGACCUCCUGCUGCUCAACAACAGCCUGUUGCAACGAUUGCUGCAAGAUGCUUGGCUCUGGAAGGUAGCACGUCAGAUGCAUCAGCGCCCCACGAUGAGGGACCUGGAUGGGAUCGACCGCUACAACACGGUAGAGCGCAACAAGCACCUGACUGCUCAUCAAGCCUCACUGCAAUCGGCUCUUCAAAGUGGCGCGUUCAUUGACUCCUGGAUUCAUAGUAAAUAUGAUUCCACCAAAUCGGGGCUUUGUACUAUUUGUAACUGUCCCAACACCCAUAGUCAUCUUUUGGUUUGUAGGAAGUACCAACACUUACGGGAUAAGUUUUCUUUGACCAGUGCGGAGAUGACCUCCUGGCCACAAAGCUUUGCGCUGCACCUGCUUUGCCCUAGCCCGCCAUUUACAGCGGCGCUGCGGAGCUACUUCCAGCACUUGCCGGAUCUCACUGCCGAGUUUGCGAGCGGCCCCAGUGAGGAGGAGAUGGACCAUUUGUUCACGGAUGGCUCAUGUUUUGCCCAAGGCCGUUGGGAAACCCAUACGGCAUCUUGGGCGGUUUUCAACGCCUCUUCGCAGUGUCCAGUGGCAUCGGGACCGGUGCAGGGUCUUGAACAGACCAUUGGGCGUGGUGAGAUGGUCGCACUUAUCAGUGCACUGCAAUGGGCCUUACGUUUUCGCAAACGGGUUCACAUUUGGAUGGAUGCCAAGUUUGUCCACGACGGUUUUCAACUUCGUCGCCAGGGAAUUCGACGUGAUGUGGGUGGAGUCAACGCCGACCUUUGGCUACUGGUGGAAGCUCUACUGGACGACGGGGUGGAUGCCUUGGCGGAUUCCAGUUGGAUCCCUUCCCACUUGGACCUAUCCAAAUGUGAGAGCCCUUUUGAGGAAUGGAUCGCCAACAACAAUCAGAAGGUUGACCAGAUGGCCGUCCGCUGCAAUUCGGAGCGUCCUAUGGCCCUCCAGACUUUGGUGCACCAACAACAUCAAUGGGAUGCGAUGUGGCAUGAUCGCCUUUGCCGCCUGCGUCAAUACUACUUUGGCGUCUAUGAGGCCUCACAUGGCACUGCCACUGAGCCCAAUGUGGAGAUCAUUCAGUCAAGUGAUGAUGAAGAGGAAAUAGGAGGACUGUACAGUUUUAGUGAUAUCCUUUCAUCUUUGCCGGAGUUUUGUACAUUUGAGGCACAGACCGGAUUUCCAAUUUCUUUUUUGCAUGCUUUGAUUGCUUGGAUCUAUUCUCAUGAUGAGGUUUCUGAGGUUCCUGUUGCGGUGAGUUUUUUGGAGAUCACUGUUGCUUUGGUUCGUGUCGAUCCGAUUUUGUUUCCCCAUCGUGAUCCGGUUUCUGGUCGAUGGCAGAUCCAAGAGCAGUCAACUCUUUUUGAGAGGCCCACUUUGGCGCAUUACUUAGGAAUCGUACAGAAAACCUUUUUGUAUCUUGCCAAUUUAUGUGGGGAAUUCGAUCCAAUUUUGCGUUCCAUCACUUGUGCCAGGUUGGGAGUUCAUACUCCGCAGAAGGGCAUACUUCUGCGUUUGACUCCAGAUCUGAGGAACGCAAUUGGUCAUUGUUUGGCCUGUUUCACUUCCAGGCGGCCCAUCCGGAAGAGUGCUGACUUGGCACGACCCUUGGGCUAG